AUGUCUUCGAUUACUAUGGAACCAUCGCAGAAUCUUUCUCUCAUAGAGAAUGGUGGCCGGAGCUGCGGUUGCGACGGUGGAAGCGGAAGCGACAAGCGAACGCAGACGACUGAGACGGCGGAGAUAUCCAGACGUAACCGGAGAACGGUACAGAAUCUAUCGGCGACGUCGUUGAUAAGGAAGAGAUCGGAUCUGAAACUGAUUUCGAGAGUUCGUUGGGGGUUUCUGAGGCGAAUCUUAUCGAAUCUUCAGGAAGUUCUUCUCGGCACAAAACUGUUUCUUCUCUUCCCCGCCGUUCCACUUGCCGUCGUCGCUCACCGCUAUGAAUGUCCACGUGCGUGGGUAUUUGCGUUGAGCUUGCUUGGAUUGAUACCUUUGGCCGAACGUAUCAGUUUUCUCACAGAGCAAAUUGCUUAUUAUACCGGCCCAACAGUCGGGGGAUUAAUGAACGCGACUUGUGGGAACGCGACGGAGAUGAUAAUAGCGAUUCUAGCGGUUGGCCAAAGGAAGAUGAGAAUAGUGAAGCUCUCACUUUUGGGCUCUAUUCUCUCCAAUCUUCUCUUCGUCUUAGGCACUUCUCUCUUCUGUGGUGGUCUCUCCAAUCUCCGCAAACACCAAUCUUUCGACCGAAAGCAGGGAGAUAUGAACUGCAUAUUGUUGUAUCUGGCGUUAUUGUGCCAAACACUACCAAUGAUUCUGAGAUUAACAACGGAGGAGGCCGGAGGAACAGGAGCAAAUGGUAAUGUUUUAGUUCCAAGAAUUGAGGAACAUGUCACAACAAGUGAGGAUGGAUCAUUUGUUGUUGUCUUGUCAAGAGUAAGCAGCUUCGUGAUGCUCUUUUCUUACUUGGCUUUCCUCAUCUUUCACCUCUUCUCUUCUCGCCUCUCUCCUCCUCCUCCUCCUCCUCCUCAGAGGGAAGAAGAAGAGGAUGUAUAUGACGAUGACGUGAGUGACAAGUCAGAAGAAGAAGAAGAAGCCGUGAUUGGAAUGUGGAGUGCGAUUCUUUGGCUUGUUUCAAUGACGCUUCUCGUUGCUCUGCUCUCCGACUACCUUGUCUCUACCAUUGAGGACGCAGCAGACUCGUGGGGACUAUCAGUGGGAUUCAUAGGAAUAAUAUUGUUACCAAUUGUUGGUAAUGCAGCUGAGCAUGCUGGUGCUGUCAUCUUCGCCUUCCGUAACAAACUCGACAUAACUCUGGGAAUUGCUCUUGGCUCUGCAACACAAAUUGCUUUGUUCGUGGUACCAGUGACAGUGUUAGUGGCAUGGACAAUGGGAAUAGAAAUGGACCUUAACUUCAACCUCCUUGAGACCGCUUGUCUUGCCUUGUCCAUUAUCGUCACUUCCUUCACAUUACAGGAUGGGACUUCGAACUAUAUGAAAGGCUUGGUUCUUCUCAUGUGUUAUGUUGUCAUUGCUGCCUGCUUCUUUGUUUCUAAAUCACCCUCAACCGAAACCAAUACCACGAAUCACACAAUGACGUAA